AUUUAAUUAAGUGUUUGUAUAUAUGAAUUUAAUUACUUAGUACAGACUUGUGUGCAAUUAAAGUAAUUUUGACUAUAUCAAUAAAAAUGUUAAAAUAUAUUCCCGUACAUAUGUGUGUAUGUAAUGUUAAACAAAUUAACCUUUGGAUAUUGUGUGUAAAAUGAAAGGAUUUGAAAAACUUAAUUUACUUACCUGCUGCUAAGUGACAUCAUUGAAAGGAAAUAUGCCAUCUAGAAAAACAACGAAACAACAACACAACAAUAAUUUCACAUGUAUUUCACCGAAAUUCAAUAAACUAAUGUUGUCAAAGUUUUCCGACCGUCAGAAUAUUGUUACAGUUACUGUCACUGCUACUUCUCUCGACAAAAAAAUAUUGUUUCAAAUUUAAUUGGUUUUUUUUCUUUUUUUCUUGAAAUUAAAAAAAAAAUAAAAUCAUAAAAUUUAAAAAAAAUUUAAGGAAUAUCGGGAAGAAACAAGAAAACAGAAAAUGAAUGCAAUGAAAAUAUGAAAGUAAAAAAAAUUACAAGACAACUUCAUAAAAACUCAACAAUAACAAAAAAAAAAUAUUUAAUAAAAGUUCCGGUUUAGACAAGGAAAUUUUUCAAAUCCUUUUUUAAAACUGGAAAUCUUAAUAGUUCAAUAUAAACGGUUAUAAAAUAUGACGAUUGAGGACAGAAGUAAUAAGAAAAAUUCAAAUUCAACAACAACAGCAACAUCGAAUUCUGCUACAACACCUACAACAAUAACAACAGCAACAAAUGUUGUUGGAAAUGAAAUUAAAAAUGAUGUCGGAAAUAAUACCGCCUGGCAUCAACAGAAUAGCCAAUGCAGUAAAGACGAUUCUUCUGGAGAUGAUAACGAUUCACCGGAAACAGCAAAAACAACUGAUCCACUUAAUCCGAAAUUUGUUGGAAAUAAAAAUGAGCGUGUCCUUAUUGUAUCUGUUUCACCGGAACGAAAACGUGAAACAUGGGGUCAAAAAGUUGAAUUUCUUUUAGCUGUUAUUGGAUUUGCUGUUGAUUUGGGGAAUGUUUGGCGUUUUCCUUAUAUUUGUUAUCAAAAUGGUGGCGGUGCGUUUCUUAUACCAUAUUGUAUAAUGUUUUUAUUUGGUGGAUUACCCUUAUUUUAUAUGGAAUUAGCAUUAGGACAAUUUCACAGAUGUGGAUGUUUAAGCAUUUGGAAAAGGAUUUGUCCGGCUUUAAAAGGAAUUGGAUAUGCAAUAUGUCUAAUUGAUGUAUAUAUGGGAAUGUAUUAUAAUACAAUUAUCGGAUGGGCUGUUUAUUAUUUAUUUGCAUCAUUUGGUUCAUCUUUACCAUGGACAUCGUGCCAUAAUAUUUGGAAUACAAAUAGUUGUUUACCAAUUACAGAUUUAAAUUACACAGCAAGCAGUAAUAUUACAAGCCCUGCCAAAGAAUUUUUCGAACGAAAAGUUCUUGAACAAUAUAAAUCAGAUGGUUUAGAUUAUAUGGGACCGAUAAAACCGACAUUGGCAUUAUGCGUUUUUGGUGUUUUUAUUUUAGUUUAUUUUUCAUUGUGGAAAGGAGUUAAAAGUGCUGGUAAAGUUGUAUGGGUAACAGCAUUAGCACCAUAUGUUGUUUUAAUUAUAUUAUUAAUACGUGGUGUAACAUUACCUGGAGCUGAUGUUGGUAUACGUUAUUAUUUAACACCACAAUGGCAUAAAUUAACACAAUCGAGGGUUUGGAUUGAUGCUGCUUCACAAAUUUUCUUUUCAUUGGGUCCUGGUUUUGGAACUUUAUUAGCCCUAUCCAGUUACAAUAAAUUUAAUAACAAUUGCUAUCGUGAUGCUUUAAUAACAAGUAGCAUUAAUUGUUUAACAAGCUUUUUAGCUGGAUUUGUAAUAUUUUCCGUAUUGGGAUAUAUGGCCUAUGUUCAAAAAACUUCAGUUGAUCAAGUUGGUCUUGAAGGACCUGGUUUAGUUUUUAUUGUAUACCCUCAGGCAAUAGCAACAAUGACUGGUUCUGUAUUUUGGUCAAUAAUAUUUUUUUUAAUGUUAAUUACAUUGGGUUUGGAUAGUACAUUUGGUGGAUUAGAAGCUAUGAUAACUGCAUUAUGUGAUGAAUAUCCAAGAGUGCUUGGAAAGAGAAGGGAAGUGUUCGUUUUCUUUUUAUUGAUUGCAAUUUAUUUGUGUGCGCUGCCAACAAUGACUUAUGGUGGUGUUUAUUUAGUUAACUUUUUGAAUGUUUAUGGACCAGGGUUAGCUAUAUUAUUUGUUGUGUUUGUUGAAGCAGCUGGUGUAUUUUGGUUCUAUGGCGUUGAUAAUUUUUGUGCUGAUGUUGAACAAAUGCUUGGUCAUAAACCAUCAAAAUUUUGGAGAAUAUGCUGGACCUAUGUCAGUCCAACAUUUUUAUUGGGAAUAUUUAUAUUUUCUUUACUUGGAUACGAAGAAAUGCUUGGAUUUGAAUAUAAAUAUCCAGAAUGGAGUUUCUCAGUUGGUUGGGCUCUAACUGCAUCAUCAGUCUUAUGUAUUCCAACAUAUAUGGUAUAUAGAUUUUUGAUAAGUAGAGGAACUUUAGCAGAGAGAUUUCAAGAAUCUUUUAAACCAAGUACUCAUUUACAAAUAACACUACCUGGUCAAACAGGCACUGCAGUUUGACAUGACAAUUGCUGUAGUACAAUACAAAAUCAAAAUAAUUUUACAAAGAAAUUACCAUGGACAUU